AUGACGGCACAAGAUCCGUACCAGCUCAUUUCUUCUGAUCAGCAAUUUGCAGGAGAGCUGUCGAGCUACCUGACCAAAGUCGGGCUUGCGGAUGCUGGCUUCAACUACAAUGUAGUGGCAGUCUUUGGCUCACAAUCUACUGGCAAAUCAACCGUUCUGAAUGCUAGCUUUGGCACACGUUUUGCGACCAUGGAUACCGUCUCGCGACAGCAAACGACCAAAGGUAUUUGGUUGGCCAAAGCAGCAGAUGCCAAUAUUUUGGUUAUGGAUGUGGAAGGGACAGAUGGGCGUGAGCGCGGGGAUGAUCAGGACUUUGAGCGCAAGAGUGCAUUGUUCUCCAUGGCAACAAGCGAAGUCCUCGUGAUUAAUAUGUGGGAAACACAGGUUGGCCUUUACAAUGGCGCGAAUAUGGGGCUGCUCAAAACAGUCUUUGAGGUCAAUCUACAGACAUUUCAGAAGAACCAGAAGCAGCGUGGACGGUCUUUGCUACUGUUCGUCUUGCGAGAUCAUCUAGGAACGACGCCGCUAGACAGUCUUGCGAACACCAUCAAGGCAGAUCUGAGCAAGAUGUGGGAUGCGCUGGCGAAACCGGAAGGCACCGAGCAGACUGUCAUUUCUGACUACUUUGAUUUGCAGUUUGUUGGCUUGCCGCACAAGGUACUCAUGGCGGAUGAGUUUGCCAAACAGGUGGCACUGCUUCGAGAUCGCUUCAGCGAUGCGUCGUCCAAUGGGCUCUUCAAACCAGAAUACCACAAGCGCAUCCCUGCAGAUGGCUUCUCACACUACGCAAAAGGGAUCUGGGACACCAUCCUGUCCAACAAGGAUCUAGACCUACCGACGCAGCAGGAAUUGCUUGCCCAAUUUCGAUGUGAUGAGAUUGCUUCUGCAGCAGCGACUCAAUUCAACACACGCAUUUCUGCGACAGAGCAAAAUAUGCGACCCAAAGAAGUAUAUGGGCCGCUUGCAGCAGAAAUGACUGUCGCAUUGACGGAAGCACUUGCUGCAUUUGAUGCGGAAGCCUCGCGCUACAGCCCGAAAGUGUACGAAAAGAAGCGAGCGGAUCUACUAGCGACAUUGGAAGCGCGCCUCUUGGUUUUGUUCAAGGCGCAGCUGACUGCAUGGCGAUUUAAAUGUGUCGAGGCAUUCAGUAAAGAAGCUGGCGAACAAAUCCAACGGAAGGAUGCGCAAUUCAAGGAUGUGGUCAGUCAGCAGCAAGACAAGCAGAUUGCCCUUUUGACGGCUGAAGCAAAGGCAUGCACAGUGGAGCCACUGACUUGGCGGUCUGAUGCAGAAAUUGAGGGUCUUCGUCGCGACUUGGCGGACGCAACGGAUGUGCUUCGUUCAAAUCAGAUGCAGCGGAUUCAGGAGCGCGAACGCAAAUCAUUCAAAGCAUUUGUGGACGACAAGGUGGGUGUUUGCUUCAAUCGACCAACACCGCAACUCUGGGAUCACAUCUUGGAGCCCUUUGAUGCGCAGCUGCACGAAUCGACAAGUAGCCUGAUGACCAAGUACAAGCUUUUGGAUGUUCCGGCUGAGCAAUUGAACGCAUCACUGGCUCAAUGGCAAGUCCAGGCUUGGCAAAUCUUACGUCAACGCGUUCUCGAGGAAGUCUCCGAGUCGCUGGUGUUGCUGAAAUUGCGAGAAGCGUUCGAGGAUCAAUUCAAGUUUGACAAGGAUGGCAUGCCUAUUGUUUGGAAGGCCGGUGACGAUCUCGAGGGUCAGUAUCGCUCAGCACGCGAGGCGGCCCUGAAACUUCUUCCCGUGUACAGCAAGAUUCAAAAGUCAGAUGGCAAGGCGGUCGAGAUUCCUGCUGCUGCAGAGGAUGAUGAAGCGCCAAGCACGCGUCUCUUGACAUCCUCGCAACAAGCAGAUAUUGCCACACGCUUCAAACGGACAGCAGAUGCGCUCUACCUGGACGCAAAACGCAGCACCGUCUCGUCAGUGGCUAGCAUUCCAGUAUACUUUUACGUUCUGCUACUGCUGCUUGGCUGGAAUGAGCUCAUGGCCUUACUUCGCAGUCCACUCUACUUCAUGACCAUUGCAUUUGGAGGACUUGUGGCCUACGCUGUCUACACCCUCAACCUCUCUGGCCCACUCGAACAAGUUGCGAGAGCUACCUUUGGUGGACUUGACAAAUACGAGGUUGAAGGACGAGACGUCGUCAAACUAGACAGAUGGGGCAUCAAGAUAGUAAAACGCUUGCGUGACUAUGCUCAUAAAAUGCUAUCGCAGUACAAUCGUAAGAGUGGGCCGGUGUAGGAAUCAAGUACCGUACGAGGU